AUGUGCUUAUAUUCUCUACGUUCAAAACAGUUGUUCGCUCUUGCGUCACGAUCGCGACUCGGUUCUCUUGAACUACACAGCGGAACAAUUCGACAGUUGGAGUUCGCGGUCGCGACUCAGGAGGACAGUUUUAGCCAUUUAUUCAGUAUCAGUGACGAUUGUUCUAUCGCUAUAUGGCGAAGACCUGUGGACAAUGACAGUGCCAAAUCAGCUUCACCGAAACAUUGGGAAUGCAUCCGUGUGAUGCGUCGACACAAAGGUCCCGUGCGUAGUUUGGCUUUACAUCCAACCAAUCGAUGUGCCUUUUCCAUUAGCGAGGACAAAACUUUGCGUAUAUGGAACUUGCUCCGUGGUCGACAAGCCUACGCAACACGAUUGAAAGUGGUGGCAGAAGGAGCGGAAGAAGUAAGAUGUUCUCCCAGUGGCCAAAGACUCUUGUUCAUUUGGCCUAACCGAUUCGAUGUAGUUGAUUUGAGUGUUGGAGAUCGACAAUCAAAUGAAACCGAGACCGGCAAGCCCAUAGGAUUACGAUUGGGUAGCGUUCAAUUCGAGCAGCCGAUGUCGGCAACGCCUGUAUUCUUCAGUGAAGAUGAUUUUGACCCGUUCACUGACCAACCGGAAUCUUCAUCAGACGACGCAUCACUGUUCGUUUUCCUUUUGGCCGGGAUUGGCCCGUUUGUAAAAGCCUUUCGCUGUCCACUUCCACAAACCUUCAAAUGCAAGGGUGGUCAUGCGGAAAACCUGGGUCAAAUCAAACUACCGGGAAAACGCAUUAAGGAGUUGCGCGUGCUUCCUUCCCCUGAAGAGCUACUGACAAACACUCGCAGGCAUCGUCUUGUGAUUGCUGCCACAACAGAUGCUACUGGCAGCCACAUCCGAGGUUACAUUGUCAACUUGGAUGCUUUUAAACACGUGGAGACGGGCGAUUCAUUUUUACCUCUGUUCAUGUAUGAUAUACCUGGAGCUCGGGUGACCUCCUUGGCUGUUGAGUGGACAAAUAGCAAUUCAGAACCAACGGAUGAUGCGGAGGUUGUAUGA